AAUUAACAAGCUUGAAGGAAAUGUCUGGUCCUAGGAUUGCUCAUGCUACCUUGAAGGGACCGAGUGUUGUGAAGGAGAUAAUAAUCGGAAUAACACUUGGAUUAGCUGCUGGUAGCGUCUGGAAGAUGCAUCACUGGAAUGAACAGAGAAAAGUCAGGGCCUUUUACGAUUUACUGGAAAAAGGUGAGAUUAGUGUUGUUGCAGAGGAAGAAUGAAAAGUUCUUGUGUUGUGCCUAUGUCUUGUGUUGUAUAAUCUUUUUUACCUUCUAUAUUCCAUCGGCUCGUUGUAAAUGAGCUGACUUAUUGUAGAUUCAAAAGAAUAAAUUUCAUACACUGUUUUGGUACUUAUGGACUAUGUUUGCUUGUAGAAAUUUCAGGAAUCUGUAAGUUGUUUUGUGCUUGA